UUUUCAUUGCUAUUAAAGUGUGUUUUGGUUUCACUUUUCAUUGCAUUUAAGGUUUCAUUCAGUGAUUCAAAGAAGUGAUGGCCGAAGAAGACCACAAUUAUUACCAACAAAUGGCUAAAAAGCCAAAGAUGUCAUCAAUUGAUGUGAAGUCGACUGCAGAGGAAUGCUAUCCGAGAGACUCAUUAGACAGAUAUGGAGACGACUUAUGCGAAGAGAUAUUGUCUUAUCUGUCACUCGAAGACUGUUUCCGAGUUGAAUGUCUGUCCAAACAGUGGCAGCGAUUGGUGUUUAAGAGACAACACGUCUUCGAUGUGGACAUAGUAUUGAUGGAGAAGAAGGUUCACCACAGAGGCAGACAUGUCGGCCAAACCAUCGCCAAAGACGUGAAUUGGAGGGCAUUGGAGACAGUGGUGAAGAAGUGCCCAAACAUUACAUCCAUUGAUAUGAUAGUGAACUCGAAAGACACCGAAAGACUGUUUGAGAGACUCAUGAAUGCAUACAACGACUCAUUGACUGCAAUACACAUCCGAUUCAUGAAUUGUGAUAAUUAUAUG